AUUCUGACAAGCGAAGGCACUGCAUCUGUUCAUAUCAACAGACAUUAGUCAUGUACUCAUGUCUUCCCUCGGUUUUUGUUUUCUAUUCUAAACACAUCACCCUCCUCUUUCAAAAUCCGAAGAAACAAGCUCUUCUUCUUCUUUUUCUCGGUUUAAAAUCCAUGGCCUGAGUACACUUGAACAAGUAUCUUCCUGUAAAACCCCCACUAAUCUGACAUUCACCAUGUGGAAGUUUGUUUCUAAGGCCUUUACCAGAGCCAGCAGGUCGAAACCAGGUUCGUUGAAACAAUCUAAGGUUUAUUCCGAAUGCUCCGAUGAUGAUUUGUCUUUGAACAACCAUGGAGAGGAAAGAUUAGAAUGCCCGAUAUGCUGGGAAUUCUUCAACGUUGUGGAGAAUAUACCGUAUGUUUUAUGGUGUGGCCAUACAUUAUGUAAAAACUGUGUCUUAGGGCUGCAGCGUGCUGCUCUGAAAUACCCUACAUUACCUAUCCAUCUUCCAUUCUUCGUGGCUUGCCCGUGGUGUAAUCAAUUCUGUUUGAGAGUGGUCUAUAAGGGGAACAUCAAGUUUCCGAGCAAGAAUUACUUUCUUCUCUGGAUGGUUGAGAGCAUGAAUGGUGAUAGGUCGAAGUUGAAUUCUCCGAUUCAUAGGUGUCAUCCACCUGCAUGCACUAUAAAUAGAACAAGUGAAGGGGGAAAUCAGCGUAGAUGUAUAAACACUAGGCGAGCUUCAUGUGCAAUCCACCGUUCGGAAAAUUCAACAUCCAAUCUUAAUCAAAUCCGCCUAGUCACCAGCUAUUUCAGUGCUGGAAGACUCCAAUCGUUGCUCCGUAAGUCCUUGGUUUUCCUUCUGCACUUAACAGUUAAGUUCCCUUUGAUUGUCAUAUUUCUUUUAAUGGUCUUAUAUGCCAUACCUGCCAGUGCAGCCAUUUUCUCCCUGUACAUUCUUAUCACCGGCCUGUUCGCCGUUCCAUCGUUUCUCAUUCUGUAUUUUGCUUUCCCGAGUUUGGAUUGGCUAGUGAGGGAAAUCUUCAGUUAAAACUGUCCUUAAUAUUCCCCUUUCUUUUGUGUGACUCCAUGUUAGAUACCAUGAAAAGCUCUGUUUAUGUUUCGAAUCAGCCGUGUUCGUUUUGUUAUCUUUUUACUGCAAUUGAUGUUUAGAUGGUCAUGCAAUAUUGCAAUUGCCUUCCCUCCAUCAGUGCUUUGAAUAAAAAAUCAA